CCAUGAAGAAAUCGGCUGAGACGAGGAGACUGGAGAAUGCAUUCGAGAACCGACUGGCGAACUUCAUCCCCGAGAGGAGGAGGGAAGACCUCCUCUUCUGCAGGUUCUCUGCCAUCCGCUCAGAGUCGGGGCGAUGGGUGGAGGCAGAGAUGAAGGAGGAGGGCGAUCGGGUCGUUCUGGUUGCUGCUGACAACGUCGGCGUAUCAUGCGAGACAUUCUCAGUCAGUCAGGUCUCGGUUAGCAAGCAGCAGGUCAUCCAAGAGGAAAACUUCAUGAUAGCUGCAAGCAGUGAUGAGCAGGAUGUUCUUUGUCUCGGUCGUUGUCUUGAGAAGCAAGCGAGGAGUCUAGCAUGGAACAGGCACAAGAAGUACCUGAGGAGGAAGAUCAACGAUGUAGAGGAGGCAGACUUUUACGACGCUGCAUACCUCUACGGGGAAGGGAUUGUUCAUGUCGGAGAUGUAGUCAUGGUGAAGACUGGGGACCGGAUCAACAAGCCCUACGUUGCCAGCGUCGAGCUGAUCGUCGACCUUGCGCGGCAACAGGACUCAUCCAUCAGCCAGCAGUUGGAGGUCGGGGCAAGAGUGGAGGCAAAAUGGCAAGGCAGGAUCAUGCAGCAGGGUGUCAUCGAGUCUGUCGCUCGCUACUUCCCCGGCAGCAUCAUCGGAAUCAACGACAACGGGACGUAUGACAUCAAGUUCGAUGAUGGGGAUGUUGGGUGGGAGGUCGAAGCUGCAGAAGUCAGAAAGCCGAGCUUCAAGCAUUUUUGCCUCGUCCGAUGGUUUUUACGGCCAUCAGAAAUCGAGAUUCUUGCUCCCCUGCCCGACAACGCGAGGAUGAGGCUGUUGAGGUGUAAAGGUGAAGUGCUUGACUCUAGCUACUAUGAAAUCAUUCCACUUACAGCCAUCGACAGCGUAAAGUGCUGUCUCAGCUACAUCAGAGGUCACGAGGUGAGCGACCGGAGCUCAUGGUACCGUGGAAGGUUUGAUAGCUGGUUGCACGACAAGCUGAGCUGGUCUAAGGGGGAAAGGAGAUGCAACGUGGAUGCUGUAAACUUUUGCUGUGCUUACUUCUACGAUCAGUCCAACAACUCGAUCGCGCCAGUGGUUGUGCGAGGGAGUGCACGGCAACUUUUGAGCAACUUGCAAAGUGCCGGGACAGCCGUUGGUGAUUCGCAGGAGCUACAAGCUUUGACGGAUGAGAAGGAGAAGGAGAAGGAGAAGGAGAAGGAGAAGGAGAAACAGAGUUACGUGAUCGAGAGAGUGUCAAACAAACCUCAAGUAUCGGCAGGAGAGGCGAAGAAAAAGGAACCGCCGCAGUCAAACGAAGUUGUGCUUGUGUGCGUGAAGAGCGAAGACGCGAAGAAAAGUCACAAGCAGAAAAUGCGGGGCAAUGGCAGUGAGGAGAGGGUGGAGCAGAAUAAGAAGCAGCAAACGAAGACAAGCAGCAGCAGCAAGAGCGAGAGUUCUGACAAGAAAGUUCCGGCUUACAUGCAGAAACUCGAGUAUCUCAAGAAACUCGAUGGCUCCAGGAUCCCAAAGAUUGAGGCUGAGCUGGGCUACAUGGUCCAGGGCCUCACACGAGAGGACCGGCAGCGGCGGCUCCACCUGCUUCUCGACCAGUACUUGCGAAUCUUUCAGCCUGCCAAGAAUGGCACGAGAGCCGCGAUAGAGAGAGCGAAAGAGAGGGAGAGAGACGUUUUCAAGAAGACUCUCGCAAAGGGCCUCACAUGCGAUCACUACUACGGUCAGAUGUCAAGGAUGAUCGCGGAUAUCAAGAAGAGGACACCGAGAGAAAACAUUUGCUCAGAAGACGAGGAUGAGGUCGAAGUUAUCGAUGACGGCGAGGAAGCAAGGAGAAAAAUGCUUGCUUUCCUUCAGAAAAAAUCAGCAAACAAAACCUCUUCCCAUCGGCAUCAUCGCCAUCAAUCUCAACCGCUUCAAAAACAUCAAAACCAAAAAGAGCAGAGCAUUGCAGUGAUGGACAAGCGAACCCUUCAUCAUGAUUGGGUAGCUGUAAAACAUGUUGCUGCUGCAGAGACCAAGCCAGAAAAUCAGCCGAAACAACAGAUAGAUGUCGUCAGAAGCGAGAAGGGGAAUACACCAGCGGGCAGCCAGGAGGAUUCCGACAUGAGCCGAUACUUGAAGCGAGCGAGAAGGAACUAUGACAUGAAAUCUUCUGUCCAGUGCCUCGAGGCAUCGUUUACGUUGGCGAUUGAAAAGGCGAUCGAAACUUGUGAGGGUGAGAUACAGACGCCGCAGUUGUUUCUGGAGCAGAUCGAUCCGCAUGAGCAUCGGAGCAUCAUCAGCAGCAAGCAUGUCAGCACGAGGCCAAGAAAUGAUAUCAGACUGCCUGUAGCAAGCAACAUGUACUCGCUGCCCCCCAUAACCGACCUUCUCAUCCGUCGGGUGGAAAUUCGGGUAAACAAACUGUACGAUCCAUCGUGA